GGAAGACCAGUGUUGGAGGAUCCGUGGUUGGAGCAACAGCAGAAGGCGGCUCGGCGUGUGGAUCUAAUACCGGAGUGAGCCUCGGCUGCUGUCCCUCCUGCGACCACGCAUGUCACAGCCGGUCCGCUUUAUCGACGCAGCGUCAGUGUUAGCGGUGGCUCCGUGGCAGCCGCACUUCGGUCCUCCCUCGCCCUCCUGCUGGUGUUUGUGGCGUCACGCCUUCGCGAGGGAUUCCCUCCCUGUCCUCCCUCGACACUCCCUCAUUCCCUCACGAGCCCCUUAAGUGUGCCCGUCCCUGGAUCGGAUUGUCCCCGGCGCUAACCUCCUGCCGAAGAUCCUGCCGACGGCGUGGCACCAGCGAGCGCCGCAUUGUGUCUGUCCUUCAGGAGCUGACUCUCCUGUCCUGACUGUGUGACCGAAAACUGCCGAGGUUUUCCUUCUCUUCCCGCCCGUCGCCGCCCACACAACCCCGUCAUGGCUCCCAACAAUAAGCCCCCGCCCGUGUGUGUCCCGGACCUCGGCCCUCACCCACGCCCACAGGAGGAAGAGGCGAAAGCAGAGAAAGAGGAGAAGGUGGGCGUGAGUCCCGCGACGGGCAUCGUGCUGUGCAUCGCCAACAUGCUGUACUGGAACCUGAUGCUGUCCUCGGAGGUCCCCCCCGACCCCCGCCAGGACUCUUGGAUGCUGAUGAAGUCGCAGACGCCGACGCUCAUCAUGUCCCUGGCGUACGUCCUGGGCUCCACGUGGCUCGGCCCGAAGCUCAUGGAGAACAGGAAGCCUUUCUCGGGUCUCCGCCCCUUCAUGGUCGCCUACAACGCCUUCCAGGUCGUCUUCUGCUCGUGGCUGGUCUUCGAGCUGGGGAUGGGCGGCUGGUUCGGCUUCUACUCGUUCCGGUGCCAAGCCUGCGAUUUCUCCGAUGACCCACGGCCCACGAGGAUGCUGCACGCAACCUAUUGGUACUAUUUCUCCAAACUCAUCGACUUCCUUGACACGGUUUUCUUUGUGUUAAGGAAAAAAUAUAACAUGAUCUCCCUCCUGCACGUGAGUCACCAUGCGCUCAUGCCCGCCUGCGCCUGGAAUGGCGUGCGCUUCCAGCCAGGAGGCCACAUCACCUUACUCUGCAUCCUGAAUUCUUUCAUCCACGUCGUGAUGUACGGCUAUUACCUGCUGGCAGCGAUGGGCCCGCGUGUGAGGCCUUACCUGUGGUGGAAGAAAUACCUCACUACAAUGCAGAUGAUUCAGUUCGUCAUCAUCUUCGUGCAUUCAUUCCAGAUGCUGUUCAUCGACUGCCCGGGCGUGCCCAAGUCGGCGUCCAGGCUGGUGAUGGGCCACUCCCUGCUGCUCCUCCUGCUCUUCGCCAACUUCUACAUCAAGGCCUACAGAGGCAAGAGGAACAAGGAGAUUAAGGAAAAACCGUACGCGAUGUGCAGCGAAGGGAACACCCUCAUACCGAAGGCGGCGAACGGGAACACGACGAAGUUAUCGGCGGACGUCCUCGUCAGUUCAGAAGUCGAGGGGCUUCGUUCUCGCAUAGUCACCUCCAGGAUGUAGUGCCUCUCCCUGUGUCUUCACUCUCCUUCUCUCUCUCUCUCUCUCCUCCUCUUUUACUCUCUCCUCUUCCCUCUCUUCCUGUCUUCGUGGGCCAUUCAUCUAGCUGCGUGUGUAGUCAGAGGCAAAAGUCUUUGUAAAGUGUGUAUUCCGGGUUCUGACGUUUAGAUGAGAUGAGUAAUGUGAUUUUCUUUUUUUUUGUAUUACGUGAGGAGGAUUUCGAAGCUUCAUUUAAUUGCUUCACAACUUUUGUCCCAGACUUGACCUCUAGAUACGUGGCUGCCUUUCGACCCCGCACAUCCACCUAUCCAUCCAUUAUACCCAACCCCCUCUGUCGAAUCGGUCUGUUUGCACACUGUAACAUAUAUAAAAAUAGACAGAUAUAAAUAUGUAUAGGAAAUAAAAGGCAGAGAUACUUUACACAUGAGUACAUAAGCCUAAGACUCGAACCGGGGGAUUUCUGGCGCAGUCAGAUUCAAGACAAGAAGAGGAGAGGAAGAAAAAGUUUAUAAAAGUGACCUUCAACACUGAUCGACGGUGCUUCUUGCAUUGCUUAGUGUAGUAGAGUAGUUCUGUUGAAGGCGAGGUUAAGAAGGGGAGCAAAAGAGAAUACAAGAGGAAAGGGGGGACAGAAGGACCAUGGGGAGGAAGGAGAGACAAGAAAGCGAGAAAAAAAAGAAAAAAAAAACAGAAAAAAAACAGAUAGAGGCGAGAGGAUGCAGAGAACAAGAAAACUGGGAUAGUAGUAGAAAAUAAAAGAACGUCCCCUUCGUCUUGAAGAUUCAGAAGGAGACACCACUGGGAGUGGGAGGCGUGUCUUCGCGCCCUCUGUCUUGGAGAUGGCAUUAGGUUCCUUUUGUUCACUCGCUUUUCUUUCUAUUUUUGUGGCUGAAAUGCACAGGAUUAUUCUCUUCACAGGCUACACGAUGUUCAUAGAAUUGCACAAGGUAAUUCUUAGAGGACGAUGUCUCUGAUCUCUCACUAGAUCCUGUAGAUUCUUUUGGGAGUCGAUAUCAUGUCUCUGUAUUCACGUGAAUUCGCCAUGUCAUUGCCUUAUCAUUUUCAGCGUCCAUGUAAUUAUGUUUUAGCUGUGACCGUAGUCUUUUAUGUUGUAAAAGCAAGAUCUGCGCUCCUUCUUUUGUUGUUUUAGGAGAGAGUUCUAAGUCAGGCACAUUUUUGUUGUGAAUUUUAUAUCAAUUGGUACCUGCAAUUUGGGACUUAACAGGAAUUUUCGCAAAUCAACGAAAGCCAAAAAAAAAAAAGACUGUGUAUUAUAUGCGUUUUAGGAAACCUGUUUUUUUCGUUGCCUUUUCUAAGUUUUGCCAUUUCUCGAUCAAUGCAAAUAUUAUUCAGGAAGUAUUAUUGUUAAAAACUAUUGUUUAUAUUUUAUUCAAUGAUGAUGCAUGAGAAAAUAUAGCAUUGUUUAUACCAUAAA